AUGAGCUGCAAUAGUGAAAACAAAUGUGUAAAAUACGGCAAAGAUUAUUGCUCACAAUGUGUUGAUAUUAACAUGGAACUAAAAUAUGGACAAUGCUCGGCGUGUUCAAUACCAAAUUGCAAAUAUUGUGAAGGUGGAAAGUGCAAAAAGUGCAAUGACAAUUAUGUUGUACAAACAAACGGAUUAUGUGUUGAACAAAGUGAAGUUGGGUGUGUCAAAGCCGAUGGUCUCUUUUGUUCACAAUGUAAUGAAGGGUUUAAUCCGAUUGAAACUCUCAACAAUGAAGGAAAAUACGAUUUUUGUAUUCCAAUUUCUUUAUCUCAAAUAGCCGACUGUAAAUACUCACUGAUUUCACAAUCAAUGUGUGUUGAAUGUUUGGAUAGUUUUAAACUGAAAAAUGGGAAUUGUUCAGAAAAUUUUGAUGAUAUUGAUGAAGACGAAAACAAUGUUACUAACACAAAACAAAUGAUGAAAAGUGGUGAAACCUCGUGUUUCACUCGUACCAACAAAGGAUGUGAGAGAUGCAAUUCUGGUUACUAUAACAUUAACAGCGAAUGUGAGUUGUGUUCGGAUCACUGCGAUAAUUGUUACAACACAACAUAUUGCUUGACAUGCGAUCAUCAGUAUUAUUUAUCUUCCACCUUUACAUGUGAACCACUUGGCGACUUGUUUACAAAAUGUGAAUUGACACUGCCAACAGGCGGUGGAUGUGCAAUAUGCAAAGACCACUAUUACAAACAAAAAACAGACUGCAUUGCUUGUGAUGAGUCGUGUGGUACUUGUGUUGAUGGCUUGUCGUGUUUGAGUUGCCGAAACGAAUAUUUCAAACUAUCUGGCAGUGAAAAUAAACUGUGUGUGUCAUAUGACAACUUGACUAAUUGUGUUACUAAAACGCCGAUUGGGUGUGUAAAAUGUGAGAAUGGGUAUUACUUGGAUAAUUACAUUUGCAAAAACUGUUCUGAAAACUGCAUUUCAUGUGACAACUAUCAAAAUUGUAAAAACUGUGUUGAAAAAAAUUAUGUGUUGGUUGACUCGCAGUGUGUGAGUUACAAAAGUGUUGAGUUUUGUCUCUCUGCGAAUAAUUCAAAGUGCACAGAAUGUGAGGGAUUUCACAAACCAAGUGAUGCUGGUGAUUAUUGCGUCAAAGAGACUAAUUAUGGGUUGGUUGUUGGCGUGCCGUUAUCGAUGACUUUUGUGAUCAUAGUGUUUAUUGUUGCUAUUAUAAUUAUUGUGAUAUCAAUGAUACAAAAAAGAAAACAAAAGAAGAAAGAGCAGAACAUUUGCAACUUCAAAAUGAGUCGGUCAAACAUUGAGAUGGUCAAAUUGAAUGCAAAUUUGGUGACAAACAAGACAACACUGAAAUUUGAUUUGGAUAACAAUGACUUACUUAAAGUCGAUAUUGAGACAAGAGAUUUGAUAUGUAUCGGAAAUGUGUCCAACAGCAACUUGAAAGUGCAGUUCAGUGUGAUGGAAGGGUGUGACUAUUAUGAAAUACGGAGUGUGCCACCACUUGUGACAUUGAAGCCUGGAUAUGCUUGUGAGUUUGAGGUAUUUAUCAAGCCGCUGUGUACCUGUGUCACCAAAGAACAUGUAGCAAUAACUUCGUUAAAUAUAGCAACUGGUGUCAUUGAAAAUGCAAAAAUUGAAAUGGAAAUCGAAACUGAACAAACAACUAAAUUGAAUUAUAGAGAAAUUACAGAAGACGAGAAGCUUGGCGAAGGCAGUUUUGGGAUCGUUUACAAAGGGCAAUACAGAGGCGUAUGUGUUGCAAUCAAAAAGAUGAAACAACUUGAUAAUUAUGAAAGUGGACUUGCAGAGUUUGAGAAGGAAGUUGCAAUGCUAGACAAGUUCCGAUGUGAUUACAUCAUACACUUUUAUGGCGCUGUAUUCAUACCAAGUAAGGUGUGUAUGGUCACCGAAUUUGCAACAUUUGGGUCACUCCAAGACUUGAUCAAACACAAGAAGAGUGAUGAAAUUGAAAUGAAGUUGCGAAUUAAAUUUUUACUUGAUGCGGCAAAAGGUAUUCAAUAUUUACACGAGAAUGGGAUAUUACACAGAGACAUCAAGCCAGACAAUUUUCUAGUGUUAUCACUGGAUGUGAAUGAAAAGGUGAAUGCUAAAUUGACUGACUUUGGAUCUUCGAGAAAUGUGAAUAUGCUGCAAACAAACAUGACAUUCACUAAAGGUGUUGGAACACCAACUUACACGGCACCCGAGAUUUUGAAACAAGAUAAGUACAAAAAGAGUGCAGACAUUUAUUCAUUUGCUAUCACAAUGUUUGAGACUAUAUCUUGGCGAGAAGCGUACCCAAAAAGUGAAUUUAAAUUUCCAUGGAAAAUAGCAGACUUUGUGAAUGGUGGAAAUCGUCUCCAAAAACUUGAUUGUAUGACUAAUGAACAGUAUGAACUGAUAUCAAACUGUUGGGAACACGAAAAAGAAGAAAGAAUCACCAUUGAAACUGUAAGAGAAAAACUUCAAAACAUGAUGAAUUGA